AUGCCGUUCCAGUUACUCCGCGUAGAAGUUUACGACAGCGCUCUGGAAAGCUGGGAGAGUUACCUGAAGAAAGUGAGCCGGCAGAAGUGGUUAGGAAAGAGUCCUGGCCGAGCAGCUCGAACUCGCAAAAUUUCCACGACAAGCUCAGAGGCAUCUUCCAGCGCACCAAAGACUCCUACACGCCGGACUCCGACUCGCUCGGUGACAAAGUCGAAGGCUGCAGAUGUAGAACCGGAGACUUCCAAACGUAAGAGCACUGUUUCUAAAGCUGUUAAAGCACUGAACGAGAAGUUCACUCUUCCGAAACCUUUGGGAGGUAUCGAUGCUGGAACUCUGUUUGACAUGACAAUGAAAGGGACCAGUAGUCGUCGUAGGACCAUGUCAGAUUCCGAGAUACCUGCAGUGAAUGCGAAGAGAUCCAAGACGCUCAAGGUUGUAGAUGCCAUAGCCGAGGAAGAAGACGAGUUAGGUUCUGCUCUCCGAAGAGAACAGACGUCUCUACCCGCCAAGCGACGUGCUGACCUAGCGCUAACCCGUCGAGUCACAACUGCCUACCAAGAAAUGAGCGCUCACCAAAACGUACGCCGACACGCUCUUUCAUCACGAAGUCAAGACUUGGAAGUACAAGAAGGCUCGAAACGUAAGACCCUCCUUCCUAAAGCUGCAAAACUACUUGGCGGAUCCGUAACAUCUCGUAGCAGCGGUGACAGAGGUGAUCAUAAUGUGGAGGAGGUCUUUGCUACCGAGGGACGACGGUCGUCCAGUCGUCAACGACGCCCAGCUAGUGCAACUCCGGCUGAACCAUCUCCUUCAAGGACGAGGACUAGGAAAGGCAGCGGUAUCUCAUUGUGUCUUCAUUAA